CCAGUUGUCAUAUGUAAGAGUUUGUUUUCAAUUUUUCUGACAUCUUAUUCGAAAAGAAAUAUUUAGUCAUUAUUUUUAUUAACGAAAAAAAGGCGAAAUAAUUGUUCAAAUUUUCUUAAAAAUUUACGGUAAUGUUGUCAGUUUUGAAGCAUUGUAACUGGAAAAGUUCUCGAAAUGCUAAAUGCCUCGUUGCAAUAUUGCGUGCAAUGAGUGAAGGGCCGGUAAACGAUACGCCGAAGAAACCGGAACAUUAUGAUAUAAUUAUUGGUGGCGGGGGCUUGGUGGGAACUACUUUAGCAGUUGCUAUAGCUAAAAAUAAAACAUUGGCGGACAAGCGCAUUUUAUUACUGGAGGGUGCGCCACCAUUUAAAGGGUUCGAUGUAACAAAACCUUAUAGCAAUCGGGUGUCAGCAAUAAAUAAAAAAACCGUCGAGUUAUUCGAGUCUAUAGGAAUCUGGGAGCGAAUAACUAACGCUCGCAUAAAGCAUAUCAAACAAAUGCAAGUUUGGGAAUCAAAUAGUGAUGCCUUAAUACAAUUUCAACAUGAUCAUUUCGCCGAAGACGUCGCUUGCAUUGUGGAGAACGAUUUAAUAUUGGAUGCGGUGUAUACGGAAUUAAAAAAUUCAGCACCCAAUGUUAAAGUACGUAAUAAAUCACAAAUUAUGGAGGUGAAAUUGCCUUUAGGGAAAGGCCAAUCGUGCCCGGAGAUUAAGCUACGGAGUAAUGAAAAAUUUAGCUGUGACCUCGUUAUUGGUGCUGAUGGUGCCAAUUCUUUAGUGCGGAAAGAAAUGAAUGUUGAUGUUUUUUCAAUUGAUUACAAACGAAUGGGCUUAGUGGCAACUUUAGAGGUAAGCGAAGCUGGCGAUAAUUCCGUAGCAUGGCAACGGUUUAUACCUACUGGUCCAGUUGCUUUGCUACCCUUAUCCGAGAAAUACACGUCGCUGGUUUGGAGCACUACAAUGGAACAUGCGAAAUUUUUAAAAGAUGCCCCACACGAUGAAUUCGUAACUAAGCUAAAUGAGGCCUUCUGUAAGGAAUACCAAAAAAACGAUUUCAUUGUAAAAGCUAUUAAUGGCUUGAACUCUUUAAUGGGUCGAUCUGGAGGGAAUAUGCGACAAUAUCCACCACGUGUGCAUAGUGUUUUAGAAGGUUCCAGGGCUACGUUCCCGCUUGGCUUUUUGCAUGCGUCAUCUUAUGUAUGUUCUGGCGCUGCCUUAGUAGGGGAUGCAGCUCACCGAUUACAUCCGUUAGCAGGACAAGGCGUUAAUUUGGGAUUUAGUGACAUAUGCUUGUUAGUCGAAACUUUAGCAGAAGCUGCCUAUUCAGGCGCUAAACUUGGCGACAAGCAUUAUUUAAUGAAAUACGAACAAAAAGGCUUAGCCAAGAAUGUCCCCAUAUUAAUUGGAGUGCAUGGUUUACAUACUCUUUAUUCGACUACAUUAAGUCCAGUUGUUUUAUUGCGCAGUCUUGGCUUGCAACUGACCCACAAUAUACCACAAAUUAAAAAUAUAUUCAUGAAGAGAGCUAUGGGUUAUAAUUAGAGAACCAAUGAGCGAAGGACCAGUAAAAUUAGAUAUAAUAAUUUGUACACAUUUAAAAAUACAAAAGGAAUAAAUUCAAAAUGCAGUUCUACUUA